GCAAUUGGAGUCUUUGAGGCGAAUACGAGGCUGGGGCCGGUUACCGACCGGCCGCUUCUUGCCGAGGCACUCCAGGCUUUUCCCCUGGCGGUGGCCGCUGCGAGACAGCAUCUGUCAACGCUCUUCUUUUCCCCUCCUCCUCUGGACGGGCCGGGCUCCGCCGGCUGCGGCCGAGAGGACGCGGGACCCGGCGCGGUGAGCCCAUCAGCUGUCAGGCGAGCGGCGAAGCGGCCGGAGGGCGGCGAGAGACACACAAAGAACGCAGUGGGCGGCGGCGGCGAAAGGGGGCGGCAAAUUCGGGACGGCAACUCCUCUCCGCGCCCGCCGGUGCCACCGCCGCCCGGGCUUGGUCCGAGGCCGCGCAGACAAUGCGGCCGGGCCCCAGAGUGCGGGGCGCCUGCGCUCCCCAGAUCCCAACUUGACCGUCACCCUGCUCGCCCAGCCCCCUCCCGGGAUAGGGACGCCCCCCUCGUUCCGGCACGGGCGAAGGAAGUCUGUCCGCGGCCGCGUAGCCCGGCAACUUGCAAGCCGGGAAAAGUUUGCGGCGCCUCCGCGGGGCGGCGCGACACUGCCCGCCCCACGCGUCCGCGGUCACCGAGGGUGACUUUCUCGACUCGUCGUCAGCCGGGGCCGCAGCGCGGCCGGCGAGGACUGCGGGGAGGGCCGGAGUCGGUCCGAGGGCUCCCGCACCUCGGGCUGCGGGAACAUUAAAAAGCUCCCCAGAUGCUCACUGCUCUCAUCAUUUCCCCUACAGCACCAGACAUGUUGGCAU